GCCCAACAUAAAAAGUACAGAUGGUACGACCCACACCAGGAAGGACGUCCUCAGUAUUGUCUGCUAGUUAUUUAUCUGCUAGUACAAUGUGGAUGUUUUAAGUCUGUUGUCGGUUAAGUGUGUUGUUGCUGUGUGAAGAAAUAUAUGUAGUCAGUUGACUAUGAUAAUAACGUUAACCGUUUUAGGAAACGAGCCACUUGACUUAAAAAGCGUAACGUUAGGCCGAUCUCGAGGUUAACGUUUACGUUACGUUAAGGUUUCAAAAGUUGUAGGACAACUCGGUCAUUUGGACAACCAGACACUUCUUGCUAAUCAUGUCGAUGGAAUAUAUUACUCCUCUCCACAAUAAACGACGCCAUGAAGAGGAGCAUGGUAACUGGGAAUGUCAACCGAAAAGGCUGUGCAGUGGAGUGGUUCAUUGUCGCAACAUUGAAUAUGGCGCGGUCGGCGAAAGUCCCAUGGAUACAUGGGAGAUCCAGCAGCAAGUCCUACCGAAUGAGAACAGAGGCAACGAAGUCGUUCCUGUCAUGAGCACACCUCAAGGCAGGUCAUCUGCACAGUGCUGCCCGAGAUGUAUGGCGGGUGAAUCGGGACACAUUAACCACAUCAUGGGAUAUUGAUCAUGAUGAUCUUCUGCAGAAAUGCCUUUGCCAUAAGUGAGAGGAUGGCCAACCAGUCCUGUUUUGUAGAUGCCAGAUGCUUGUCCUACUGCACUAUGCAACACAAUGCAUACAGAGAGUGCCUUGCACAUUUACUUUAUCUCUGCCAAGUACUGUACAACUCCGCUCCAACACUGUUUACAUGUCCAGGUAUUUGUAAUGGCUGUAUGGCCAGUCAUCGGAUAAAUGAUUUCUCACAUUCUAGAUGAAUGAGUUAAAUGUACUACUACAGUGUAGUUGAUAAAACAGCCGUCCUCAGGACAAAGCCAUGCCAGUUUUAUAUGGAUAUUCACAAAGGGAACCUCCAAUCCAGGAAGUUGGUACAAAAAUGUAACACAUGCAGACACACUUGGAGAGAGAGAGUAGAGUUGCUAUGAUCAGUCAUUAAUGAUUAGGAAUAGAAUUGUUGUUUGGUAUGCAAAUUAUUGUUCUUUUUGCAUAGUUAUAUGGUAUGGAAUAAUUUCAGAAAAUGUCGAGUAAUUCUGAGUGGUCUGAUUAAUUAGUGAUGUUUGACUUUACAAAAAGAUAACUGACACAAUAAUUAGGAACAUUUCAAUAAUUUAAUUGAAAUAGUUUAAUUAUUUAUGGAUUGAUUUAAUUGGUGUAUCUCAUAGAUACUAAUGGAUUUAUAGAUAUAAAAUUACCCUUUUAUAAUGUCCAAAUUAAAAAAUAUAUAUAUUUGGAGAAAUGUUGGGUAAAAUCAGGUUUAAAAAAUCUGCAUUCAAAAUGUAGUAUCCGUGUAGCUUAAACCUUUUCUUGGAUUUUGUUCCAUGUAAACCUUUUUUUGGAUUUUGUUCCAUGUCAUUUUUGUAUAAACCAUGAAUGUUAAUAAUAGCAAUAUGUGUCACCGA